UUGCAGAAGUCAAAAGCAGAACCGAAAACGGUGAAACUGGGUGACUUAGAAAACGACUUAGAGGACGACAGUUUCACAAGUUCUUCUGUUGCUGAGACUGGAACAUUUAAACCAAAGGAUCAUGUGAUUUCAACAACUUGGAGGGACGGACCAUAUCUGCUGGUGGUUAAGAUUAAUCCAAGCAGACAAGAUGUGAACUGGAAUUUAACCGUCAGUGUUGUGAUGAUGGGAGCUCACGGUUAUCUUUCUGUCACUGAAUGGCCUCUCAUGAUCUUCUACAUGGUGAUGUGUAUGGUGUACAUCCUUUACGCUGUGCUCUGGUUUGUCUGGUCGUCCUGCUACUGGAAAGAUCUGCUGAGGAUCCAGUUCUGGAUUGCAGGAGUCAUUUUCCUGGGCAUGAUCGAGAAGGCUGUCUGUGCUGAAUAUCAGAACACCAACACCGUGGGAUCAGCAACUCAGGGUCUGCUGAUCUUCGCUGAGCUCGUCUCUGCUCUGAAAAGGACUUUGGCUCGUUUGCUCGUCAUCAUCGUCAGUCUGGGCUACGGCAUUGUCAAACCUCGUCUAGGCACUGUCAUGCACAGAGUGGUUGGUCUCGGUGUGCUUUACUUUGCAUUCGCUGCCAUUGAGGGCGUUCUGAGGAUCACUGGGGCUAAAGACUCUGACCUGGCCCUGCUAGCCAACAUUCCCCUGGCUCUGCUUGACUCCUCUCUGUGUUGGUGGAUAUUUGUCAGUUUGGCACAAACCAUUAAGACUCUAAAGCUCAGAAAAAACCCAGUGAAGUUGUCUUUGUACAGACACUUCACCAACACACUCAUCUUCGCUGUUCUGGCUUCAAUCAUUUUCAUGGUUUGGACAACAAAGAAGUUUCGUUUGGCACACUGUCAGGGGGACUGGAUGGAGCUGUGGGUGGACGAUGCUUUCUGGAGGUUCCUCUUCUCUAUUAUUCUGCUGGUCAUCAUGUUUCUGUGGAGGCCGUCUGCUAAUAACCAAAGGUAUGCCUUCACACCGCUCAUUGAUGACUCCGAUGAUGAGGAGAUCGAUGAAUUCCUGGUGUCUGCAAAUAUUGCUGAUGGGAUAAAGUUGAGAGCAGCUAAAACAGAAACCAAUGGAACAGUGAAGCCUCCACCAACUAAUCCGGAUGAGGAUUUGAAGUGGGUGGAGGAGAAUAUUCCUACCUCUCUGACUGAUGUAGCUCUGCCUGUUCUUCUCGACUCAGAUGAGGAGAUCAUGACCACCAAAUACGAGAUGUCUAAAAUGGAGUGAGUUUGAGGAAUGCCCGAGAUUGCUCGAGAAAUGCUCGAUCGGACCCUUAUAGAGCCACAGACUCGGACCGUUUUCUUCCUUUGCUGCCGUUGGUUGGUGGAUUUUUGAGUUGAUUGAAGGAAUCCUGCUGAAGGUGCAGACAUAUUUUAGCUGGUUUAGAUGCCAUUCUACCUGAACUCUGUGCGAGGCGUUAACUCUUGUUUUCCUGAAACGUCCUGAAGACUGUAACGUCCUGAUUGAUCUGUAAAGAGACAAGUAUUUAUGUUUCUAAUGACAUACUUGUCAAAAUUGUGAGUGACUAUUCGUGUGCGGCGAUAAUGUGUUAUUUAAAUGGAUUGAAAUGGGGUUUUGUUUGUGUAUGUGUGUGCGCGCGUGCGUCUUGAAAAAACACUAAGGAACUUGGUAAUACUUUACUUGAAAGGAUGUUCAUAAGACUGUCAUGAAACUUUUAUAAUCAAUGUGAAUAAGAUUUUAUGCACGCUAAUGACAACUGUUAUUAAGUGUCAAUGAUACAGUUGUGUCAUAUUAAAUGCAAAGAUGACACUGUUUUCAUUGACAACUUGACAUAAACAAAUACAUCACCACCAGUCUUCAUCUUUAUCAUGACAGCUUGUCAUUACCAAGACAACAUAACUUUUCAUAAAUCUGUCAAAAAACAUGAUUGUCACGAGGCAUUAUAAUUGUCAUUAAUAUUUUUCUGAUCUCGUUUUCAUUGAAACUAACUGUAUUUGUCAUUAAAAUGUCUCAAUAUGUUUCUGUACUCAGCGUCAUUAAUGUUUAAUGACAAUUUAAUUACAAUUUCAUUUCGUACCACUCUAGUUGAGGUAAAAAAAAAAAACAUUAAUUAUGCUGUCAUAAAAGUCACGACUCAGUUAUGAUGCCUCAUGACAAUCAUGUUUAUGAAAGAUUUAUGACAAGUUUUGUUGUGUUGGUAAUGUCAAGUUGCUUUGAUAUUCAAAAACGUGAUAUAUUUGUUUAUGUCACGUUGUUAGCAAAACUAGCCUAAAAACUAGCCUAAAUUGUCAUCUGCUAUUAAAAUCAAUCCUAGUGCAUAGUCUGCUAUUAAAAGCGCCAUGUGCUGUUAAAAAACUUGCCUAAAGAGUGAUCUGCUGUUAAAAACUAGCCUAGAGCGCCAUCUGCUUGCCAUUUGCUAGUAAAAUAAAGCCCAGAGCACUGAAUGCUAUUAAAAACAAGCCUAGAGUGUUUGUCUGCUGUUUAAACUAAGCCUAGAGCACCAUCUGCUGUUCAAAAUUAGCCUAGAGCCCCAUCUGCUUAUAAAAUCUAGCUUAGACUGCCAUCUGCUGUUAAAAGAAAGCCUAGAGCACUGUCUGCUGUUCAAAACUAGUGUAUAGCGCCAUCUGCUGUUCAAAACUAGCCUAAAGCACCAUCUGCUGUUCAAAACUAGCCUAUAGCACCAUCUGCUGUUCAAAACUAGCCUAGAGCACCAUCUGCUUUUAAAAAAACUAGCAUAGAGCACCAUCUGCUUUUAAAAAACUAGCCUAGACCGCCAUCUGCUAUUAAAAAAAGCCUAGAGCGCCAUCUGCUGUUCAACCCUAACCUAGUGCACCAUCUGCAGAUCAAACCUAGCCUAGAGCUCCAUCUGCUGUUCAAAGCUAGGCUAGAGCGCCAUCUGCUUGUAAAAAACUAGCUUAGAUCACCAUCUGCUAUUAAAAGCAAGCAGAGUCCUGUCUUCUGUUCAAACCUAGCCUAGAGCGCCCAUCUGCUGUUCAAAUCUAGCACCAUCUGUUGUUCAAACCUAGCCUAGAGCGCCAACUGCUGUUCAAAACUAGCACCAUCUGUUGUUUAAACCUAGCCUAGAGCUCCAUCUGCUGUUCAAAGCUAGGCUAGAGCACCAUCUGCUUGUAAAAAACUAGCUUAGACCACCAUCUGCUAUUAAAAGCAAGCAUAGAGUCCUGUCUUCUGUUCCAACCUAGCCUAGAGCGCCAACUGCUGUUCAAAUCUAGCACCAUCUGCUGUUCAAACCUAGCCUAGAGCGCCAACUGCUGUUCAAAACUAGCCCCAUCUGCUGUUUAAACCUAGCCUAGAGCUCCAUCUGCUGUUCAAAGCUAGGCUAGAGCACCAUCUGCUUGUAAAAAACUAGCUUAGACCACCAUCUGCUAUUAAAAGCAAGCAUAGAGUCCUGUCUUCUGUUCCAACCUAGCCUAGAGCGCCAACUGCUGUUCAAAUCUAGCACCAUCUGCUGUUCAAACCUAGCCUAGAGCGCCAACUGCUGUUCAAAACUAGCACCAUCUGCUGUUUAAACCAAGCCUAGAGCUCCAUCAGCUUUUCAAACCUAGCCAAGAGUGCCCUCUGCUGCACAAACCUAGCCUAGAGCGCCAUCAGCUUUUCAAACCUAGCCUAGAGCGCCAUCAGCUUUUCAAACCUAGCCAAGAGUGCCAUCUACGGCUCAAAACUAGCCAAGAGCACCAUCUACUUUCCAAAACUAGCCUAGAUCACCAUAGGGUGUUAAAAAUUAGUACAAUCUGCUGGUCAUAAACCAUGUAUUGUUUAAGUUGUCCUAACAGACUAUGUCAUUAUGCAUUUAAAAUGUCAUAACCAAGCCAAUGACAGUUGUUAUAAGCAUGCCUAAAAUUUUCAUUCACAUUCAUAACAUCUCUUCAUGAUUAUAAAUGUUUAAUAACAGUCUUAUGAACACCUCUUCUCGUAUUCAAGUGUUACUAGAUGUUGACCAAAGCGUCCUCUACGUUUCCAUUAACUGUAUAUAAAGUGUUAUUUUCCAAUAUUAUUUCUGUGAGUUCAGCACAUGAUGUGAAUAGUACUAGAGAUUUGUAUUUGCUUGAGUUUGUACAGGGAGUAAUUUAACUGGGUAAUUUAAUCAAUGACUAAUUUGUAUGGUUUGUUUUGUACAGAGCCCAGAUCAACUUACUGAAAGAAGCACAGUUCCCCCUUAGAAAUUGAAAUGAAGUUAUUUGUCUCCUCUUUCAAACCUACAUGCCGUUAUUUGUACCGUGAAGCACAAAGAGGAGAGGUUUUGGAAAUGUAGGAAAAUGUAUUAGUUAGUUGUGAAUUAUACAGAAAAAUGCAAGCCAUCGUUGGCCGAAAACCUUUAUUUUUAUUUGCGUUUGCUUCUAUCUUGCAGUCUAAAACCUACUUUUUGGUCACACAAUCGAAAAAUAGUGCAAGAGAUGAACUUUUAUGAUGGAUUUUAUUUACUUUGCAAAGAUGUAGCAUGAAGGCUCGCAGCUAUUGCAUUUCAUGGAAGAAAAAAGGUAACACUUGAAGGGAUGUUCAUAAGACUGCCGUUAAGCUUUUAUAAGCAUGACAUGUCAUAAAUGUGAAUGAGAUUUUAUGCUUGCUCAUAACAACUGUUAUUAAGUGGCUCAUUAUGGCAUUUUAAAUGCAAAAAUGGCAUUGUUUGUUAUGACAACUUGACAUAAAGACAUCACAACCUGUCUUUAUCUUUGUCUUGACAGUUUGACAUUACAAAACUUGUCAUAAAUCUGUCAUAAACAUGAUUGUCAUGAAGCUAUUAUAAAUGUCUCAUCAAUUCCAUAACAGUGCGUUAUUAUUGUUUUGGCCUCAACUUCAGUGGUACAAGCUGAAUUUGUUAUUAAAAUGUCAUUAAAUAUUAGUGACGCUGUUUUUAAAAUUUUUUUGUAAUAUUUAUGUAUUAAGUAUUUAAAAAUUAAGUAAUAAACUUUGAAAGAGACAUUUUAAUGACAAAUACACUGAAAACCUGAUCGGAAAAAAUAUUCACGACACAUUUAUAAUGCCUCAUGACAAUCAUGUUUAUGACAGAUUUAUGACAAGACAAACUUUCUGUCAAGACAAAGACAAAAACAGGUUGUGAUGUGUUUGUUUAUGCCACUUAAUAACACUCAAUAAAAUCUCAUUCACAUGUGUCAUGUCAUGAUUAUAAUGGAUUCGCGACAGUCUUAUGAACAAGUGUAACCAAAAAUCAUAGUUAUAUUGUUUGAAACAACUUGAAAGUGAGUAAAUAAUGUUCAAUUUUG